ACAAUACUAAAAAUCCACUAGUAAACCAGAAACACACAAAACCCUAAUUUAAAAAAUGGCAGUGAUGAGUCACAACAACGCAGAAGGUAGGCUAUACGAGCCAACUCAGACUUGGCUGAUUCCUUACUCACAAACUGGUGGCCAAGAGAACGGAGGAGACGAUGACGAUGACGACUGUGAUGUGGCUCCGGCGGCUUGAUCAUGUGCAUUUUGCCGUAUGCUAUUGUAAACUUAAAUAACAGUCAUUUAAUUAAGUAUAGUAAUUGUGCUUCUUGUCUUAGAACCACACACAAACACACACACACACAUAUCUAAAUUUAGCUGAAGCACUAGAUCGUGCCUGACGCCUGUAUCCAUGUCAUAAGCAGGCUUUUAGUAAUUAUUACAUAAACAACAUUUUUGACUU